UAAUAUGGUUAACCAUAAACGACUGAGAUUUGUCUAUUAAAUGAAGGCUUUACGGCAGUUUGAGCAUUGGGAAGGAUGAUAUAAUAUAAUACAGAUCAGCUAAGUACAGAUGGGAUUAGUCUGACAGUCACGUGCAUCGCAGCCAACACCUCACCUGUUUCUUCGAGGUUGUAGCAGUUGUCUUACUAGCUAUAAUGCUUCGUGCUCUUGAGUUUCUUGGAGUCUUCCCCUCCAAAACGGCGACGUCGUCCACUCCAUAUGCUACGUCCUCACACACUACGACCAUUGUUACUCACCCAGUAGUCACGGAUCUGACCGUAUGCAUCUUCUCUCCGACAAUUUCUCCUUCCAUCUGCGAACUGGACCCGCGAAUAUGGCACCGCAUAGAGAAGGAUCUCUACCUAUAUACAUCUCAGCAGAGUGCAUGGCUGUAUGUAGCGCUAGCGAAUGAAGAAGAGCUUGCAGAUGAGGACCUGCUGGUUAUGGAUAUCAGAGUAGGCGAACCGCCUCCUAGCCCUGGCUCAGGUCAUUCAUGGGAAAGUCGACCUGGUGGAAUCUGGGUGCUGAGAAGCAAGUUCUCUGGAAGGGUUGACCAGGCUGUGACAGAGGUAGACGUUCUCUUUGGUGUGGAUGCCGUUGACCCACGACCACAAUGGGCUCUGAUACGAUCGUCGCUUCAACUUAACGCUCAGCCAAAGGUACCGGUUGCAAGACUAAGCGUACUCCAUGGUAGGGCCAAGCCGAGACCAGAUGCCCGGGCGGCUUUGAGAAUUAGGGAGGAUGGCAAAUUCAAGAUUGUCCAGAUCUCUGACACGCAUAUGGUCACUGGUGUCGGGGUAUGCAAAGAUGCUAUUGAUGCCCAUGGCAAGAAUCUGCCAGAGAGCGAGGCUGAUCCACUUACGGUGGACUUCAUUGGAAAGAUCUUGGAUAUCGAGAAACCAGACCUUGUGAUUCUCACCGGCGAUCAGUUGCACCACGACACCUCCGACAGCCAAUCUGCGCUCUUCAAGGUGGUUGCUCCUAUCAUCAAGCGUUCAAUCCCAUUCGCAGCCGUCUUUGGCAAUCAUGAUAGUGAGGGCAUCCAUGCAUUAUCACGUGAGUAAAUUCUUUAUAAGGUGGCUCAUACACAGAGCUGGCGAUCAACAACCUAUGUCUUGGGAAUAAUAGCUGUCCAUUCUUGCUAACUAGAUUGCAGGCAGGUCACAGAUGUUGAUACUUCAGGAUCUGCCUUUUAGCCUCUGCGAACCAGGCCCAGAGCAGGUCGACGGCAUAGGCAACUUCUACCUUCAGGUCCUGGCUCCCGCCCCAUCACAGCUCCCGCUAUCAACUUUAUAUUUCCUGGAUUCGCACGGUCAAAUACCGAGCAAGAUACACAAUCCCGACUAUGAUCCUAUCAAGCAAAGCCAAAUUGACUGGUUCACAAACACUUCCCAAGCACAACAAAGAUCACGUGAGAAGGACAACAAUGACAACCGCUUUCAUCUGUCUCUAGCUUUCCUACACAUCCCCCUUCCCGAGUUUGGAGACCGCCAUCUUAGGAUACGCAAUGGCCACCGGAGGGAACCGACUGAAGGCCCCAGCUUCAAUUCCCAUUUCUACGACGCUUUGAUCAAAGGAGGCAUAUCAGCAUUAGGCUGCGGGCACGAUCAUGUGAAUGAUUUUUGCGCUCUGUUGCCACAACAAACGCAGCAGGACGGCGACGAACCCCCCCAGCCUGGCCCUUGGCUAUGCUAUGGAGGUGGCAGUGGGUUCGGGGGAUAUUGUUCGUACGGCAGAGAGCGAUUUCACCGACGAAUGCGGGUUUGGGAACUCAACACCAGUACCGGGAGCUUGAAGACUUGGAUGCGGGUCGAAUAUGCCGUGCACAGAGUUGAUGAGCUGGUGCUUGUGGAAAGCGGAGCGGUGGUUGAUCCUCCUGGAGAAGAAGAUGAAGGCAGGAGCUGUGUAGUGAAUUGA